CUCCAGAGCUGGCGCAAUUUCCCUGCGUGGUACCCGCCCUGCAUCCUCCUCUAGGCUCCCUCCCAGCGCCGGCUGCAGCCCCAGGCCCCGUCAUGGGGAAUGUGCCAUCUGCAGUGAAGCAUUGCCUCAGCUACCAGCAGCUUCUCCGGGAGCAUCUCUGGAUCGGGGAUUCAGUGGCAGGGGCGCUCGACCCCGCGCAGGAAUCAUCCCAGCUAUCUGGACUCCCUGAGUAUGUUAAAGUAGUAGAAGUUGGACCAAGAGAUGGAUUGCAGAAUGAAAAGGUUAUAGUUCCUACAGAUAUAAAAAUUGAAUUUAUCAAUCAACUUUCUCAAACUGGCUUGUCUGUGAUAGAAGUGACCAGCUUCGUGUCCUCCAGAUGGGUACCGCAGAUGGCUGAUCAUACAGAAGUGAUGAAAGGAAUUCAUCAAUAUCCAGGAAUUCGAUAUCCUGUUCUCACUCCUAAUCUUCAGGGUUUUCACCGUGCUGUUGCUGCUGGAGCGACUGAGGUAUCGGUUUUUGGUGCUGCAUCUGAGUCCUUUAGCAAGAAGAAUAUUAACUGCUCCAUCGAAGAAAGUAUGGGGAAGUUUGAGGAGGUGGUUAAGUCUGCAAGGCACAUGAACAUUCCAGCACGAGGGUAUGUGUCAUGUGUCCUGGGCUGUCCAUAUGAAGGAAGCAUUCCUCCGCAAAAAGUAACAGAAGUGUCUAAGAGAUUGUAUAGCAUGGGCUGUUAUGAGAUCUCUCUGGGAGACACAAUUGGAGUGGGUACUCCUGGAAGCAUGAAAAGAAUGCUGGAAAGUGUCAUGAAAGAAAUUCCACCAGGUGCUCUUGCUGUUCACUGUCAUGACACGUAUGGACAAGCCUUGGCAAAUAUUCUUACUGCUCUCCAGAUGGGAAUUAACGUGGUGGACUCAGCGGUAUCCGGAUUAGGUGGUUGCCCUUAUGCAAAAGGUGCUUCUGGGAAUGUAGCCACUGAGGAUUUGAUAUAUAUGCUUAAUGGCCUGGGGCUCAAUACAGGUGUGAAUCUUUACAAAGUGAUGGAAGCUGGUGACUUUAUUUGCAAAGCUGUGAAUAAAACCACAAACUCUAAAGUAGCACAAGCCUCCUUCAAUGUUUGACUUGAAUAGAUUUAUGGCUUAUGGUUGAGAAGAUCAAUGUCAGCUACAAAUAUUCAUCUGAGAAUUAUUAAUGUCACCUUGUGUUAAUAUGUAAAAUAAUAGACAACAGUGAGGAGGAAAAGAUACUGUUGAAAAGAUUGUAACUGGAUAGAUUAUGAAGUGAACAGAAAGGAAUAGCAGUCAUCAGGUAAAUUUCAAGUUGAGACUAUAAAAACAUGUAGACAUCCUUUUCGAUUGGAAAAAAGUCUACUCUUUUGCUCUCAUAGAACUAACUUUUUAAUUUAGAGGAUGUGAAAAUUGACUUCAGAUUUCCCUAAGUAUCAAAUACUGUGUUACUGCUUAAUUGAGCUGGCUUAGCACAGUGUGCAUAUUGUCAGUAGUUUAUGAGCUCCCACAGAGUAUGCAGGGUGUGUGGCCUCAAUAUUAUGCAUUAUGCCUCUGGAUCUCAACUUUCCAUUUGCCAAGUCAGUUAAGUUAUGGACCAAGAGCCAAAUCUCCAUCUGACCCUACAUAAUUUUUAGCAAUAGAACUUUUAUAUUUUAAAUAUGGCUACAUCUGUUAACUAUUUCAAUGACUUUAUCUUGUUCCAAGAGGCUGUGGUCAAUGGCAAGACGCCAUGUCCUGGAAACAUACUCCGACCUCCCAUGUUUGUUACUUGCAUCUAG